AUGGGUCCAAGUUUACCUUUACCACCAGGAACAGAAAGUAUGAUCAGUCCAGAUGUACCACUGCCACCAGGAACUGAACAUGUAAUGGAUCCAGGCCUCCCCUUGCCACCCGGAACGGAAGAUGUUGGGGUACCUUGUUUACCUUUGCCACCUGGAGCCGAAGACCCUCUGAGUUCUGAUCUCCCUCUGCCACCUGGUACUGAAGAUGUUGCUAUUGCAAGCUUACCCCUGCCUCCAGGAACUGAAGAUGCUAUAACUUCAGAUCUGCCAUUACCACCAGGAACUGAGGAUGAGGCCCACAUGCUAGUCAGUUCGGGGUUAGGGGUUCCAAGUACAAAAAGCAAGACUGUACAUUUGCAAGACAUUGCACAAAAAUCAAAAUUGGGAAGUGACAUGACAAUACCAGGGACGCAUUUUGGUGCACAGGAACUAAGCUCUGGGGCUUGGAGUAGUGGUAGCAAUAGUCAAGAUGGGUUUGGCUUGCCAGGCUUUAUGACUGGGAUGCACGAAAAUCCCAUUCCUCCACCACCUGGUACAGAGGACGAGCAUGACCUGCAUUCAGCGAUGAAUGUUUUGCCUCCUUUGGGCUUAAGGGACAAUAUUGCUAGUCAGUAUGCACCUGAGAAAGCUCUCACUGCAUCUCAAACCACUACUGUGUGCAUGAGUAGCUUCACAGCACCAAAGCUAGGCCUCCAUACACAGAAUCCACUGUGGAAUACCUCAAGUAAUCCAGAGGGAAUAGAACACACUGGCACAACAUGGCCCACAGACCCAAGUACAGUGAUGGAUAUGCCACCUGUUACAAGGAAAUCACACAUUGACCGAGAAUUCACACCUCCCCCACCCGGAACUGAGAUGGAUGACCUGAACAAGAGUGACAGCCAUCCAGAACUUGGCGAGGCAAGCAUGGAGUUGAGUGAUGAAUCAGAUGAGGAAUGCCUGCAGGACAAGAAGGAGUCAACUCCUCCUCCUCCAGGCACUGAGUCGAGUUCUGAGUCCAUGGCCAUCAGCGAAAGUAAGUCUGGUAAGAGUAUAAUUUCUACAAUGGAAUUGUCAACAAGAUUGGAUACCAAAAUAAGGGAUCCUAGUCUCAGCAUUGAUUUUAAUGCCCAGUCACUGGAUAUACAAGUCAGCCUACCUCAGUCCAAGAAAGAGGAAAGUAUUAAGUCAACAGAGAAUAUGGCAGAUUCGCUUAAUCUCAGCAAUACUAAAGUCAACAAGGCAAAGGAUAAAGUAGAUGAUGAGAGAAUGCAAACCGAAGGUAAAUUGUCCAAAGAGCAAGGUCCUCCUCAGCAGUCACAGAAAGCCCCAAGAAUAGGAAAACCAAGCAAGAAGGAAAGUGAGGAGGUUGAACAUGGUAAGGAAGGAAGGCAGGAAAGUGAAAGCAAGGGCAAACAUAGAAAAACUAGCAGGAGGUCGAGGGAUAGUACCGAAGAAACUCAAGAUUUAAAGCCAGUGGAAGAAGAGAGUGAAUUGCUUGGAAACCCUGAAGUGAAGUCAUGCACAUCCAAAAAAUCUACUAGAACAGGGAAAACAGAGAAAUCUGAGGAAGAAGUAGAAGAACUAGAAACAAAAAUAAAUGAAGAAAGUAGCACGAAACACAGAAAAGCAAGCAAAAAAACAAAGGAAAGGCGAGAAAGUGUUGAUGACUUAAAACUGGCAGCUGAUACAGAUGCCUCUGCUUCACAAGAGGAAACACAAAUCAUGAAAAAGUCAUCCAGAUCUGGGAGAUCAACAAAGAAAGACAAAGAAGAAUUUGACCAAGACGUCCCAGUAAAAGAGACCAAACAGCGGAAAAGAAGCACAAGAAGUUCUUCAGAUGAUCAGCCAAGUGAAAAGGGGUCGUCCACUCCAAGGAGGAAAAGCAGAAGUGUGAAAGCUACAAUUCCUGAAGAAAGAGAGGAAGACUUGGAAAGCAUCCUAUCACCCCAGGAAAUGAAUGAGAAUGCCGAAGAAUCGGAAAAGGCGAACAGCUCAGAUGUAGAGGAUGAGCAAGAAACAGACAGUGAAACCGUCCCACAUCAAAGAACAAGGGCUGUGAGACGGCUCGUUUCUGAAGACCAGACUUAUGAGGCACUUAGCCCACGAAAAAGGUCAAGAAAGAGCAAGCCUUCUGUUAGUGAGGAGGAGGAACCCCCACCUCGAAGAUCGACUCGAACCACCAGAGCGUCGAUUACAGAAUAA